AUGAGCUGGUACAAAGGGCUGCGGAUGAGUGACAAAAAUGGAAGCCAUAGAAAUCUCACCCAAGGCGCUGGCGUGAGAUUAUUGCAAACUGUAGCUGGUCCAUAUGAGUUAACUCUGAACAAGAAUAAAGAGAGAUUGUCGAAGAUCAUUUUAGAGAAAUCAAAUCGGGUGAUGCAGUCAGACUUGGCAGAUAAAAUGAGAAUUGCUAGGCGUUAUUUUACUUUAGAAAUGAGUCCGCCCUCGAGGUAUGAGUUAAAGACUUUGCAAGAAGAUAUAAACCUGGUAAGAGAGUUUAUUCAAAAUAAAUGCUUCAAAUAUUUGACCGUUAAGCAAGCUUUCCUAUUGUUUUUGGUGUGCACCGAAGUAGGUUUAUGGUUCUUCAUGGGAGAAACCAUUGGUAAAAUGCAUUUCGUUGGUUACAAAGUGUAA